GUGAUGCCAGUUUUUGCUAGUAUUAUUUCUUUUGUUGUAUUUGUACUUACUGGUGGUACACUUACGUCCGAAUUAGUAUUUUCAUCCUUGGCACUAUUUAAUAUAAUUCGUUUGCCUCUAAAACUUUUACCCAUGGUUAUUGCCGUAGCAACCGAUGCUUGGGUUUCAAUUGGCCGUAUCCAAGAAAUAUUGUUAGCCGACGAAUUAGAGUAUCUACCUAAAAUUGAUUAUAAUGCUGAUAAAUUUGCUAUUAAAGUAAUAAAUGGAGAAUUCGUAUGGGAUGGAUCUCCUGUUUCUUAUAAGGAACAUUCGCCUAUAUUGACGCCUCAGUUGCGUCUUAGUGAUAUUAAUUUUACAAUUUCUCAUGGAAAACUUGUUGCUAUUGUGGGUUCCGUGGGUUCAGGGAAAUCUUCGUUGCUAUCAGCAUUGGUUGGUGAAAUGAAAAAAGUUGAUGGGGAAAUAAUAUUCGGCGGUACCGUUGGAUAUUGUCCACAAACUGCUUGGAUACAGAAUGCUACGCUUAGGGAAAAUAUUACUUUUGGUUUACCGUUUGAUGAAGAAAAAUAUCAACGAGUAAUAAAGGAUUGUUGCCUUGAACCCGAUUUAGCGAUUCUACCAGCGGGUGAUAUGACAGAAAUUGGAGAAAAAGGAAUUAAUCUUUCUGGAGGACAAAAGCAACGCGUAAAUAUUGCAAGAGCUGUAUACUUUGAUGCGGAUAUUGUUUUAUUGGACGACCCAUUAUCAGCUGUUGAUGCGCACGUUGGAAAAUACCUGUUUACGAAUUGUAUACAAGGAUCACUUGCGAAAAAAACCAGAAUCUUAGUCACCCAUCAACUGCAACUAUUAUCUCAAGUUGAUUAUAUUAUUUGUAUGGAAGAUGGCGAAAUUGUAGAACAAGGAACAUAUGAAGAAUUGAUUAAUGCCAAUAAAAGCUUCGCAAAAUUAAUAUCAGAGUUUGGGGAUUCUAAAGAUGAGAUGACUACAAUUGACAUUGAAACAAAUGAGUCAACGGAAAAAAAGUUUUUGGCAUCACCUAUUCCAUCUACAUCUUCACAAGGAUUAAUGUCAUUAGAAGAGCGAACAACAGGUGCUGUUGCAGACAAGAUUUAUCUAACUUAUAUAAAAGCUGCCGGGGGUUUGGCAUUGAUACCAUUAUUUUUAUUUUUAUUGGUGAUGAUGCAAGGAAGCAAUAUCGGAAGUAAUUUAUGGCUUUCAUUUUGGACAAGCAAUAAUUUUGCCCUAACGACCGAACAAUAUAUGUCAGUUUACUGUGCAUGGGGUGUUGCAGAAAGCAUUUUCAGUGUUUUAGUAUGUUUAACACUUUCUUUUGCUGGAAUCGCCGCUGCCAGAAACUUGCAUAAGAAAGCAAUCCAACAAAUUCUAAAAGCACCAAUAAAUUUCUUUGAAACAACACCUUUAGGUCGAAUAAUUAAUCGAUUUAGCAAAGAUAUUGAUGCUUGUGAUAAUUUGAUCACUGAAUCAUAUCGAAUGUUUUUCAGUACUUUGGCGAAUGUAUUCGGGACUUUUGCACUGAUAAUUGCAGUUUUUAUAUGGUUUCUUGUACCUUUGAUACCACUUAUCGUAUUAUAUUAUUGCGCUGCCAUUUAUUUUAGAGCAACAAAUCGUGAAUUGAAACGCCUUGACUCAAUAUUACGAUCUUCCCUUUACGCACAUUUUUCCGAAUCUUUAACUGGUUUACCAACAAUUAGAGCAUACCGAGUACAAACACGGUUCAUAAGUACCAAUGAGAAUUACAUGGAUAUAGAAAAUCGAGCAUAUUUUAUGCAAUUUUCUGUCAACAGAUGGCUUGGAAUCCGUCUUGAAACUAUCGCCAACUCAUUGAUUUAUUGCGCAAGUUUAUUAGCAGUUAUGCAAAGAUUUCAAGUAGAACCUGCGAUUAUUGGGUUGAUUCUUAGUUAUGCAACACAAGUUACUGCGGACUUUAAUUGGUGUGUUCGACAAUUUGCUGAAGUGGAAGCAAAUAUGAAUGCAGUAGAGCGUCUAGUGCAUUACACGGAUAAUCUCGAAAGUGAACCUGCAUCAAUAAUUCCUGACAAUAGACCAUCAUCUGAAUGGCCUGUUAAAGGAGAGAUAUUUAUAGAAAAUUUGGUUAUGCAAUAUGGACCUGAAAACCCACCAGUGAUAAAAGAUGUUACAAUUCAUAUAAAAGAUUGUGAAAAAAUAGGUAUAGUUGGAAGAACUGGAUGUGGAAAGUCUACAUUUGCAACUUCAUUCUUUAGAUUUAUUGAACCAAAAUCAGGACAGAUUACUGUUGAUGGAAUAGAUAUCACUAAAAUAGGAUUAAAAGAUCUUAGAAGUAGGAUAACUAUAAUACCACAAGAACCUGUAUUAUUUAAUGGUACGAUAAGAAGUAACUUAGAUCCAUUCAGCGAAUGCAAAGACAUAACAUUAUGGAAUGCUCUUCGUCGAGCUCAUCUAAUAAAUGGUGACACCGAAGAUGAAUACAAUGACUACCUCAUUCAUAAUGAGAAAUCAAGACUUUCACACAAGCUAUUAACCGCCGAAACGCCAAUAUCAAAAAAACAAGAUUUACAUUUAGAUAGUCCAGUUAGAGAAAAUGGAAGUAAUUUUUCACAAGGACAGCAACAAUUAAUAGCUUUGGCUAGAGCAUUGGUUCGACAUUCAAAACUAAUAAUAAUGGACGAAGCCACUGCAAGUGUAGAUUACAAAACUGAUUGUUUAAUCCAAAAAACAAUCAGAGAGGAAUUUGUGAAUAGUACUGUCAUUACUAUUGCACAUAGGUUGAGAACCGUGAUUGACUAUGACAAAGUUUUAGUUAUGGGUAAGGUUAUAGAAUACGAUUCACCAUACAUAUUACUGCAGAAACCGGGAUCAACGUUUAGAGCAAUGUGUGAAUCAAGUGGAGGGUUUAAUGAACUAAUGGAACUCGCUAAGCAAAAAUAUGAAGGUGAUAAUUUAGGUUAA